AUCGGGCAUGGCAUCGGAGAAACGGUGCCACUAUGAGGUUCUUGGCCUGAGCCGCGACUGCGCUGCCGAAGAAAUUCGCUCCGCAUAUAAGAAGCUGGCUCUCCAGCGCCAUCCGGACAAGCUCGUCCAGUCCGGCUUCUCCCAGGCCGAAGCCACCGCUCGGUUCCAAGAGCUGGCACACGCCUACGAGGUCCUCUCCGACCCCAAAGAGCGUGCCUGGUACGAUUCCCACCGCUCCCAGAUUCUCUUCUCCGAUCCCAGUUCAACCACCGACUCCGCCGUCCCAGACCUCUUCUCCUUCUUCUCCAGCACCGCCUUUUCCGGCUACUCCAACACCGGUCGUGGGUUCUACAAGGUCUACUCGGAUCUUUUUGGUAAAGUCUAUGCCAACGAGAUCGAUUUCGCCAGGAAAUUGGGUUUGGGGCUGGACUCGGUCCGCGAAGCUCCUGUCAUGGGGAAUCUGGAGAGUCCGUACGCGCAGGUGACUGCGUUCUACAACUACUGGCUAGGGUUUUCCACGGUGAUGGAUUUUUGCUGGGUGGACCAGUACGAUGUGAUGGCCGGCCCGAACAGGAAGUCAAGGAGGGUGAUGGAGGAGGAGAACAAUAAGCUGAGGAAGAAGGCGAGGAGGGAGUACAACGAUACCGUGCGUGGGCUGGCGGAGUUCGUGAAGAAGAGGGACAAGAGGGUGAUCGAUAUGGCGAUGAAGAAGAAUCUGGAGAUGGUGAGGAAGAAGGAGGAAGAGAGGGAGAGGAAGAGAGCGUUGGAGAGGGAGAGAUUGGAGAAGCUUAGGGAUUACGUGGAGCCAGAGUGGGCGAGGGCAGAAGAGGAGGGUAACGGAGAGGAGGGAGUAGAGGAAUUGCACGAAGAGGAUGAGGAGAGUAAAAGGAGGGAAGGAAAAGAGUUUUAUUGUGUGGUAUGUGGGAAGAAGUUCAAGAGUGAGAAGCAAUGGAAGAACCACGAGCAGUCGAAGAAACAUAAGGAGAAGGUUGCUGAGUUUCGGGAUUCGCUUGCUGAUGAUGAAGAAGGAUUAGAAGAGGAUAACUUGGAAGAAGAAUUGGGAAAGGUAGAAGAAGAAAGACUCGAGGCCGAGGAAGACAAAGAAAGAGUUGUAGAGGAGAUGGGAGAGCGAAUUAGAGAUGGUUUGGAGAUUGGGACAGAGGAGGAGAAUGGAGCUGAAUCCCAUGAAGUGGAGGAAGAGGAUGAGGUUGGAGCAGGUGGGUUUGCUGAUGGUGAUGAUGAUGAAAUGGGUGUGCUUGAAGCAAUGGUGGCUGGGCAUAAGGGUAGGAAAAAUGUGGGUUCUCAGCAAGAGGUGAAGGAGUCGGGGAGUGAGAUUCGAGUUGAGAAUGAUGAGAGUGAUGGUGUUGGGUUUAUGGAAUACGAUAUCAGGAAGAGCACAAGAAGGAAUCGUGGUGGUAGGAAAGACAGGAGUAAAAUGAAUGGUGAAGAAGCGGAGAUGGAUCCAACCCGACAGAUCAGUAGACAGAAGGAAGAAAGUAAUGGACAUGAUGGCUCAAACUUGGAAGAAUCCUCUGCUCAUUCUUUUGCUGAAAAUGAGAGUAAUGGUAAUCGGGAAGGGGAUGAUCAAUCAGCUAGAACUAAAAAGACUUCAUCCCAACCUGUUAAUAAAAAAGGCCCAGGGAAGAAAGACACAAUUGCCCAACCAAAGAACUCAUCCAAGCAAAAGAAAGCUAAGGCAACAUCAAAGAAUUCUAGCAAUGUAUGUGACACAUGCGGAGAGGAGUUUGGAUCGAGGAAUAAAUUACACAUGCAUUUGGGUGACACUGGCCACGCAUCACUGAAACAUCGAUGAGGAAAAAAGAUUGCAGAAUAUUUACAGAAUGCGAGUAAAUUAUCAUCCAGCAGAGGAACAUUGAUCAGCCUCAAUUGGUUAUUCUUUUAAGAGUAAUUUUACAUAUAAUCGUGAAGUGCAUAAAUGCCGCGUAAUCGCUUUAAAAAAGAGUGGGGUUCACUGUUAAAAAAUUAAUUUUUUUCAUGUGAGUCCCAUGUUUUAUUCAUUUUUUCUAAAGCGAUUACGCGGCAGUUACACAAUUCAUGAUUACAAAUAUCUUUUCUCUUGUUUUAAUUCUUUAUUUUUGUCAUUUACAAAGCUAAAUUACAAGGAAUUGUCGGCAAGGGUAUCUUAAUGUAACACCCCAUUCACGUAGGAUAGAGAUAUUACCAACAUUUAAAACAUAAUGCCCGGUAGAGAGAUUCAUAUCCUGAAUUACCUCAUUUAUUGAAAUUCAUCAAAACGUUAAAACUGAACUGAACAUGAUUGUUUUGAAAACUGAACGAAAUAUAAAGAAACAUAACUAAUCCUAUGCAUGACAUAAAAGAAAUCUAAUUCUGGUGAUAAA